CUCGCGCCUCUCCCUUCUCCGUCUCGUCACGAGGCGCGCAUGACCGGGAAGCAGUUCCCGGCGUGGCUCAGGGCGCUAAGAUGGCGGCGGCGUGAGUUGCAUGUUCCCGUGUGUCUACUGUCCCCGGGCCGCCGCGUCGGACGGAGUGAGGGACGGACCGGACGGACGGAAGCUGCAGCCGCCGCCGCCCGCCCGGCCCCAGCCAUGGCCGUCACCGUCACCUUGAAGACGCUGCAGCAACAAACGUUUAAGAUCCGCAUGGAGCCGGGGGAGACGGUGAAGGUGCUCAAGGAGAAGAUUGAGGCAGAGAAGGGCCGGGAUGCCUUCCCUGUGUCUGGACAGAAGCUUAUCUAUGCAGGAAAGAUCCUGAGUGACGAUGUCCCAAUCCGAGACUAUAAGAUUGAUGAGAAAAACUUUGUGGUCGUCAUGGUGACCAAGGCCAAAGCUGGGCUUGCCACUUCGGCACCUUCGGAGCCCUCUGCCCCUGCUGCUGCCAACACCCUGGAGCCCUCCACACCCACCCCACCAGCUCCCGCCAUUGUUGCCAUGCCUCUACCCCCGCCAGCCCCCAGUGAGGAGCAGAAGCCUGCAGAGGAGCCAGCUGCUGGGACGCCUCCCGAGGCUGGGUCUGGCUCUCUUCCCUCUUCAGGGAGCAGCGGGCAGGAGGAUGACGCAGCCUCUACACUAGUGACAGGUUCUGAGUAUGAGACGAUGCUGACAGAAAUCAUGUCCAUGGGCUAUGAGCGGGAGCGGGUGGUAGCUGCCCUGAGGGCCAGUUACAACAACCCCCAUCGGGCUGUGGAGUACUUGCUGACGGGGAUCCCAGGGAGUCCAGAGCCUGAGAGUGGCCCUGUGCAAGAGAGCCAAGCCCCUGAGCAGCCCGCCCCAGAAGGAGGCGAGAACCCCCUGGAAUUCCUCCGUGACCAGCCUCAGUUCCAGAACAUGCGACAAGUGAUUCAGCAGAACCCAGCCUUGUUGCCAGCCCUGCUGCAGCAGCUAGGCCAGGAGAACCCCCAGUUACUGCAGCAAAUCAGCAGGCACCAGGAACAGUUCAUCCAGAUGUUGAAUGAACCCACGGGGGAGCUGGCAGACAUGUCGGAUGUAGAGGGGGAGGUUGGGGCCAUUGGUGAGGAAUCCCCUCAGAUGAACUACAUCCAGGUCACGCCACAGGAAAAAGAAGCCAUAGAGAGGUUGAAGGCCCUGGGGUUUCCCGAGAGCUUGGUAAUCCAGGCCUACUUCGCUUGUGAGAAGAAUGAGAACCUGGCAGCGAAUUUUCUCCUGAGUCAGAACUUUGAUGACGAGUGAUGCAGGGAGAGAGGGAGGGAAACUGAGCUCACCCCACCCUUAUCCCCCCACUGCCGGCAAAAAAGUUUUAUAGAAGAAAACAAAUAUAUAUAUCUAUAUAUAUAUAUUCAUGUUUAUUUAAGUGGGAAAAAAAGAAAACACAAAAAGACAACCCGAGUGCCCUUUUAGCUCCCCUCCCCCAGGGAAGUCGGGGCCACACAGCUGUAAUAAGGCUGUCCUCCUUGACCCAGCAUCCCUCCUCCCCCAUUUCUGAGUGUGCACGUGUGCAUGUGUGUGAGAGUGUGUGUGUAUGUGUGUGAGAGAGAUCAAGCUCGCUGGAGCUGGCGGCCUGGCCAGGGGAUUUGGAGACAGAUGGGCCCCUCCUGGCCUGUGGCCCAGCUUGCUGCUGAGACAGAUGGAGCCUUGGCCCCAGCUCCUAGCAAGCAGGUCUCUCUUCCCUCCCUCCCCCUGAAACUGCUGAUGUCCCCAUCCUCUCCAAGGAGGAGUCUGAGGUGGCCCAGCUCCACCCCUUCUGCCCCCUUUCUGACUUGGGGUAGGGCUGGGGGUGGGAAGAACCUGAUCUUCCCUUGGAAUGAAACUGUCCAAAUUCUUCCAUCUGGCUUUUUUUGAGGAAAGUCAGAUGAAGGAUAGCUAGGACUAAUUGCAUUAUCACCAGUUUGAGUGUUGGGGAGGGAGAGGAGGGGGUGUUGGGGUUAAAGCAUAAACUAAGUAGACAACUUGAGGGCGUUAAGCACCCCUGCCUCUUUCUGUAGCCUCUUGUUUGGCUGUUCAAAGAGCAGCAUUAUAAGAGGGUUGGAGGGCAGGAGCUCUGGGUAGGGUGUUCACUAGAGAGAAUAUCUGGGCAGAGACUAACCCCAGAGCCAGGGUGUCCUGACUCCUUCCCUCUUGUCUUCUUUACCCUGCCCUCCCCCCAGAAAUGUGUCUCUGAUAAAGGUUUUGAAGUGAAUAAAGUUUUAGAAAUGAGCUAGGGGCAGCUGGUUUAGUGCCUGUGUUCUGUCCUGGGAGGGGCCAGGCCCUAUUCACUAAGAGAUAUGGCUACAGAAGGGAUGAGGGCUAUGCAGACAGGUUCCUAAGCCAUGGGGAAAUAGGAAAAAUAGAAACCCUUGUUCUUGGGGAUGGGUAACCGGGUCCUUCGUUUGCCCCAGCUGCUCAGGGCUUGGCCCUCCUCACCGUCAGCUGCCUUGGUGAGUUUUGCAGAGCCAAACCCUGUGAUGCUCUGGCCCUGGAGGGAGCCUCCCACCCCCCCUCCCCCCCAAAGUUAGAAAUACUGGAUGGGUGAAGCCCUCCCUCCAACACACAUACUGCUGUCUGUUUUGGCUACUUUCCCCCUUGGUAAUUGGCUAAUUACCGGAGAUUAAUGUUGGUAAACAGAAGCCUUCUCCCCCUCCACCAUCUGCUCCUCCAUUAUUUCCCCAUCGUCUCCCCCUGCCCCUUCCCCCAGUGGUUGGCAAAGCUGAAAGCCCCCUGUGUGGGCAGGGAGCCAGCAGCUGAGAACCUGGGGGUGGGGUGGGAUGGGACCUGGGGAUUCCCCAGGCACUAGCAGGGACCAAGUCCUUUCUACCUACAGUGGGUCUAAGGCUUGGAGCUGGCAGGGACUUCAACCCCUCAUUUUACAGGUGAAGAAAUGAUCUCAGAGAGGAAGGGACUUGUUCAA